UUGCCACACUAAUGGACUUUCUGCACUUUCCAGUGCGUGUGUUAGUAAUGUGCAUUCCAAUUCAUUUGAGUGAACUGAAUCUUUAGAAUCAGUCCACUCAAAAGAAUCGUUCACCGAAUCGUUCGCAAACAUUAGUUAGUCCAAUGUCUCCUCUUCUGGAGUGCAUUCGCAAAUCCACCAACAGCGCCUCCAAAUGGCUACAAGUACGUUUUUUAUUAUUAGACAGCAUCUUAAGAGUUUAACCAGUGACAACAACAACGUUUGCUAUAAAUAAUGCAUUGAAAAAGUUUUGUUGUACUAUGCCAAAUUUGGUUCUUCUACAGACACCUGCAGUCUUUGUCCGUCGGGUAGCGCUCAUAUGUACCUGAAAUGCUUGAGGCUCGAUUUGAUCAAGUGAGAACGGUAAAUAGUACGACAGCAGCAGUCAUUCGAAAGGCAAUUUUACGGCAGUAGUAGUAGUCGUCAUAGCAGUAGAGGAAGUAGAAGAGUACAGGAUGUCGGACUUCAAGUUGAUGAGGGCAAUCCGAGUGAGUGGCUUCGGACCUCCAUCUGUCCUUGAACUGUGCGCCAAUGUGAAAGUUCAACUGCCUGGAAGGGGAGAAGUAUUAAUCCGGGUCCAUGCAUGUGGAGUGAACCCUGUGGAAACGUACAUCCGAGCUGGGACCUUCAGCCGAAAACCAUCACUUCCGUACACACCUGGCUCUGACAUAGCCGGCGUCGUGGAAAGUGUCGGCGAGGGGGUCACAGCAGUGAAGGCAGGAGAUCGUGUUUUUACGACAUCCACCCAGUCUGGAGGCUAUGCAGAAUUUGCUGUCGCCACAGAUGACAAUGUCCACAAGCUACCUGAUACUUUAGAUUUCUGCCAGGGAGCAGCCAUCGGCAUCCCGUAUUUCACUGCCUACAGAGCUUUGGUUCACAAGGCCCAUGUAAAGGCUGGAGAGACUGUCCUCGUCCAUGGAGCCAGUGGAGGGGUUGGUCUGGCAACUUGUCAGCUGUCCCAUAUGCUGGGCCUCAGGGUAAUGGGGACUGCCGGGACCAAAGCGGGAAUGGAGCUUGCCGCCCAAAAUGGAGCUCACCUGAUGUUUAAUCACAGGGAGGAGGACUAUGUUGGCAAAAUAAUGGAUGCCACAGAAGGCCGUGGAGUGGAUGUGAUUGUGGAGAUGUUGGCUAAUGUCAACCUCAACAACGAUCUCCAGAUGGUGGCAUCUGGAGGACGCGUUGCCAUUGUCGGCUCCAGAGGCUCCGUUGAAAUGAACCCCAGGGCCGCAAUGGCAAAAGAGAGCAGCAUCAUAGGGGUUGCCCUCUUCUCUGCCACACCGGCGGAGACAAAGGAGUGUGCAGCUUUCCUCUUUCGUGGGAUGGAAGCCGGUUGGCUGCGUCCGGUUGUCGCUGGUCAAUAUCCACUGGACAAGGCCGCUCAGGCCCACCAUGAUAUUAUCGAAUCUCAAGGGGCCACUGGGAAGAUUGUGCUGACCAUGGGAUCCCAAUUAUAGCAAAGGGGUUUAAUUGCAUCAUAAAUCAAGAAAUACUGAACUGUUCGUAGGACAAUAUGUUAAGAUUCUCCCAUAUUUUUGCAGAUUCAUAUUUUAAGGCUUGCUUUCAAGGGAAAUCAAUUUGGAAGUUAUGCUGAUGAAUUGAUUCUUUUUCAUCAGUGCUUGAUAGCGCUAAUUGAUACUCUUUUUCUAUGUUGAAUGGUUUUUAUCAUCAAACUGCCAUCUCAAGGUUUUGACGGUAGAACAUUUUCACUCAUCUGCAACAAGUACCAACAAUAAAAUAUGAAACUGCC